GUGGCGCGAUUGAUGUUACCUGAUUGGGCUGAUUGAGUGAAAGAGGUUGUCAUUUUAGGGUUAGACUGUGAAGAGUUGAAUAUCUUUGCUUUGCCUUAAGAUAGCAAACUAUCCUUGAAUUAAAAUGAAAUUGGUUUCCAAUAAAAACAAUACUGCAGCACUGAAAAUUUCAAUAGCUGCUGAAUUUGGUCUUAAACAGUUGGAUAUUGACUUUGUUGAAAAGCCUCUUUCAGAAGGUUGUAUAAAAAGACUACCUUUAUUAGAGGUAUCACCUGGUGACAUAUUGUUUUCAACGAAUGCUGCUUCUUAUUUUCUCUACCCUCCUCCUGAAAGGUUAGAAGUAGCAGUUGACAACUGGCUUGACUGGGAAGCUGUGCACUUACAACCUUCUAUACUUCGUUGUAUUGACUCCAAAGGACUAUUUACUGAACCUCUUCAAUCCCAUCUAACUCUGCUUGACAAUGCUCUUAAAAAGUCCAAGUGUUUAGUCAAGGAUGAAGUAUCUGUGGCCGAUAUUGUUAUCUGGAGCACUACAUUCCCUUUGUUCACUGAAGAGAAGUUUAAACCUCAACUCAUUGACUUAAAGGCACUUGGGGAGUGGUUUUCCACAAUCCAAAAACUUGCACAGGUUCAGGCAAGUUUGGACAAAUUGAAGCCUGAGGGAGGAAUGGUUUCACUCCAAAGUAUUUCUUGUACCACUUGGUAUCCAUCAAGUCAGCCUAUCUUUUCAUCUGUCUCUGAGAUUUCCAAUAAAGAACCACCCGUGAAGGAAUCAGAAUUAGAAGAGGUGAAACAGUACUGGAACGCGAAAGUGGGAGAGAGACCUAAACCGAAGCCAGUUGUAGUCCCUGUACUUCCGAAGGCUGGAGAGAAAAAUGUACUGGUGACGUCAGCACUGCCUUAUGUUAACAAUGUUCCUCAUCUCGGAAACAUCAUUGGUUGUGUUCUUUCAGCUGAUGUUUUUGCAAGGUACAGCCGCUUGCGUAAUUGGAACACUCUGUACAUCAGUGGUACAGAUGAAUAUGGCACUGCCACGGAAACAAAGGCUUUGGAGGAAAAACUCACACCUCGACAGAUCUGCGACAAGUACUUUGAAAUUCACCGAGACAUCUACGCUUGGUUCAACAUUCAGUUUGACUUGUUCGGUCGCACCACCACUCCUCAGCAGACAGAGAUAGUUCAAGAUCUGUUUCUGGGCUGCCACAAGAACGGUUUCACAACCACCCAGUACAUGGACCAGCUUUUAUGUAAAAAUUGUGAUAGGUUUCUGGCUGACCGGUUCGUGGAGGGCACCUGUCCCAAGUGUGGGUAUGAGGACGCAAGAGGUGAUCAGUGCGAUAAGUGUGGCCAACUGAUCAACGCUACAGAACUGAUCAAGCCUCGGUGUAAAGUGUGUAGUAAAACGCCGGUUGUACAACAGUCUCAGCAGAUAUUCCUGGACCUCCCUAAGAUAGCUCCUAGAUUGCAAACCUGGGUGAAUCAAACUUCCUCUGGAUGGACCCAGAAUGCUGAAAUGAUAACCAAGUCCUGGCUGAAGGAAGGACUGAAGCCUCGGUGCAUCACCAGAGACCUCAAGUGGGGAAUACCAGUACCUCUGGCAGGAUUUGAGCAAAAGGUGUUCUACGUGUGGUUUGACGCUCCGAUAGGCUACAUCAGUAUGACCAAGUGCUACACAGAUCAGUGGAAGCAGUGGUGGCAGCCUAACCCUCAGGUUGAGGUGGAGUACUCCAUGUUCAUGGCCAAGGACAAUGUUCCCUUCCACAGCAUCAUGUUUCCUGCCACCCUCAUGUCCGUGGACAGAGGGUACACCAAUGUUCGACACGUUUGUGCAACAGAGUACCUGAACUAUGAAGAUGGCAAGUUCUCUAAGUCUAGAGGGGUGGGAGUGUUCGGCAAUGAUGCCAGAGACACAGGCAUACCGGCCGAUGUUUUCCGGUUCUACUUGUUGUACGUGAGACCCGAGAGUCAGGACUCGUCCUUCUCUUGGCUGGACCUGGCCACCAAGAACAACUCCGAGCUUCUCAAUAACUUGGGCAAUUUCGUCAACAGAGCUCUUACGUUUUGUGAGAAGUUCUUUGAGAGCAAAGUGCCGGAAAUGGUGAUGACAGAUGAGGAGUGGACUCUUCUGGCACUCGUGACUCGUGAGGUGAGGGCCUACAACCGAGCAAUGGACCGUACUCGCUUCCGGGAGGGUAUGAUGAGCAUUAUGACCGUUGCACGGCUUGCCAACCAAUACAUGCAAGUGUGUGAGCCUUGGCAGGCCAUCAAGGGCUCCGAGCAAGACAAGGUGAGAGCCAGGACGUGUGUUGGAGUCUCCAGCAACAUUGCAUGUCUACUCACCGUCCUGCUGAAGCCCUACAUGCCCCAGACUGCGGAGGUUAUGGCUGCUCAGAUCAAUGCACCCAAGGACAUGUUUGUGUUGUCCGACCAUGUCUACCAAAUCCUUGCUCCAGGACAUCGCAUUGGAAAACCAGUCCCACUGUUUGCCAAGAUAGAGCCUUCUACAGUGGACAAACUCAAAAAAAGGUUUGCAGGGCGACAGCAGACACCACCUUCUGUGAAAAUACCCGCAGUGGACCCAACCAUUGAUUCUCUGGACAAGAUGGAAGCAGCUGUGAAAAAACAGGCUGAUCUUGUAAGGACAAUGAAGGAAGGAGGGGCAGCCAAGGAUGAGUGGCAGCCUCACGUAGCUGUCUUAUUGGAAAUGAAAAAAACAGUUGGAAGGCAUGAAACUUGCCACUUUAAAGGAAACUGUUCCAUCACCUAAUGGGAAAAUACAGACUUUGGAAGAGGAGAUUGCCACACAGGGAGAGAAAGUGCGGGUAUUGAAGCAAGGAGGCAAGCCCAAGUCAGAGUGGCAACCGGAGGUAGACAAGCUGCUGGCAAUGAAGAAAGAAUUAGCGGCACUGAAAGGUGAACCUGAUCCAACGAUCAAGAAG